AUGACUGUCGCGACACCGAAUCAGGCGGUAAACCAGGCCUUUGUUUUGCAUCCCGGAGGUUCAUUUCACUAUGAGCAGCGUGCUGUACCUACCCUGGGGUCAGAUCGAGAUGUGCUUGUCCGAGUUGUAGCAACCGGCUUAUGUGGUUCAGAUGUACAUUACUGGCAGCACGGCCGUAUAGGACGAUAUAUUGUCGAAAGCCCAAUCAUCCUGGGUCACGAGUCAUCCGGCAUUGUGGUAGAAUGUGGAAGCAAAUCGGGGUUCGCUGUGGGCGAUCGUGUCGCACUGGAGCCCGGCGUCGCGUGCAAUACCUGCCGCCAUUGCCGUGCGGGCAGAUACAAUCUCUGCCGGGAGAUGCGCUUCGCCGCCACUCCUCCCUAUGACGGGACACUUGCGACUUACUAUCUCGUUCCAGCAGAGUCCUGCUAUAAACUGCCUCCACAUAUCUCGCUAAGAGAUGGUACCUUGAUUGAGCCGCUCAGUGUGGCUGUACACAGUUGUCGGCUCGCAGGAGAUAUGCAGGGAAAAGCAGUCGUCGUCUUCGGAGCAGGUCCGGUCGGCUUGCUCUGUGUGGCCGUGGCGCGUGCGUUUGGAGCGUCAACUGUGCUCGCCGUGGACGUUGUGCCCAGCAGACUCGGCUCUGCGCUGAAAUACGGGGCCACGCAUACAUACCAGAUGACACCGGACUCCCCGGAGCAGAAUGCAGAAGACAUUUUAAAUAAGGUGGAACUGGAGACAGGUGCCGAUGUUGUGCUGGAUGCCACCGGUGCGGAGCCUUGCCUGAACUGCGGUAUUCAUAUCCUCGCUUCUGGUGGAACGUUCGUCCAGGUGGGCUUGGGGAAGCCGAAUCCUUCGCUUCCGGUCGGUCAGAUCUGCGACAAGGAGAUCGUCUUCAAAGGGAGUUUUCGAUAUGGUCCUGGGGAUUACCAGACCGCAAUCGAGCUGCUCCACUCUCGUCGGAUUAGACUAGAUGGCCUUGUCACCCACGAAUUUCCGUUCACUCAGGCAGAAGACGCGUUUAAGAAUGUCGUCAGCCGAGCAGGGAUCAAGAGUGUCAUCUACGGGCCUGGUGUAGACGAACAUGUAGCGAAAGCCACAUUGACAUAG